AUGUUUCGUAGAAAUCACCAGGCGUCGCUUCUCUACCGCGGCUCGCACGGACUGACAUUGGCACCGAAGAAGAACGAGUGUGGACGACCUGUGCGCGGCGUUUCAUCGCAUCCGCCCUUGGACGAACACGCGGUGCGGGAUGUGUUGCGUGGAGCCGGUGUGUCCAACAACGGUGUUCAAGAGCGCGGAUCCCUGCAGGGCACGCCAAGAGGGGUAACGGCACCGGAAGGAGAAAGAAGCAGUAAAAACAACAUAAAGACGCAGGUGAUGGCGGGAGAAGGUGUGUACGUCACGUCAACUGGCGGCCUCUCCCGCCGUAUUUUUCUCUUGCCAAUUCAUUUGCAAAAGUAA